AUGUACUAUGAUAUCCAUUGUAAAGAUCCCGAGUACUAUGAUAUCCCAUGUAAAGAUCCCAUGUACCAUAAGAUAAUAUGUAAAGAUCCUGUGUACUAUGAGAUAAUAUGUAAAGAUCCUGUGUACUAUGAUAUACAUUGUAAAGACCCCGUGUACUAUGAUAUCCCAUGUAAAGAUCCUGUGUACUAUGAGAUAAUAUGUAAAGAUCCUGUGUACUAUGAGAUAAUAUGUAAAGAUCCUGUGUACUACAAGAUAAUAUGUAAAGAUCCUGUGUACUAUAACAUAAUAUGUAGAGAUCCCAUGUACUAUAAGAUAACAUGUAAAGGUCCUGUGUCCUAUGAGAUCCCAUGUAAAUAUCCUGUGUACUAUGCGCUAUGUAAAGAUCCCGCAUACUAUGAGAUAAUAUGUAAAGAUCCCCAUCCCAUGUAAAGAUCUGGUGUACUAUAAGAUAAUAUGUAAAGAUCCCAUGUACCAUGAGCUAUGUAACGACCCCAUGUACUAUAAGAUAAUAUGUAAAGAUCCGUGUACUAUGAUAUCCCAUGUAAAGAUCCUGUGUACUAUGAGAUAAUAUGUAAAGAUCCUGUGUACUAUGAUAUCCCAUGUAAAGACCCCAUGUAAUAUGAGAUAAUAUGUAAAGAUCCUGUGUACUAUGAUAUCCCAUGUAAAGAUUCUGUGUACUAUGAGAUAAUAUGUAAAGAUCCUGUGUACUAUGAUAUCCCAUGUAAAGACCCCGUGUACUAUGAGAUAAUAUGUAAAGAUCCUGUGUACUAUGAUAUCCCAUGUAAAGACCCUGUGUACUAUGAUAUCCCAUGUAAAGAUCCCGUGUACUAUGAGAUAAUAUGUAAAGAUCCUGUGUACUAUGAUAUCCCAUGUAAAGAUUCUGUGUACUAUGAGAUAAUAUGUAAAGAUCCUGUGUACUAUGAUAUCCCAUGUAAAGACCCUGUGUACUAUGAUAUCCCAUGUAAAGAUCCCGUGUACUAUGAGAUAAUAUGUAAAGAUCCUGUGUACUAUGACAUCCCAUGUAAAGAUCCUGUGUACUAUGACAUCCCAUGUAAAGAUCCUGUGUACUAUGAGAUAAUAUGUAAAGAUCCUGUGUACUAUGAUAUCCACUGUAAAGACCCUGUGUACUAUGAUACCCCAUGUAAAGAUCCUGAGUACUAUGAUAUCCCAUGUAAAGAUCCUGUGUACUAUGAGAUAAUAUGUAAAGAACCUGUGUACUAUGAUAUACAUUGUAAAGACCCCGUGUACUAUGAUAUCCCAUGUAAAGACCUCGUGUACUAUGAGAUAAUAUGUAAAGAUCCUGUGUACUACAAGAUAAUAUGUAAAGAUCCUGUGUACUAUAACAUAAUAUGUAGAGAUCCCAUGUACUAUAAGAUAACAUGUAAAGGUCCUGUGUCCUAUGAGAUUCCAUGUAAAUAUCCUGUGUACUAUGCACUAUGUAAAGAUCCCGCAUACUAUGAGAUAAUAUGUAACGAUCCCAUGUACUAA